UAGAAGUAUGAUAGAUUUUUUGCAAAUUUUGCUCUUUCCUUGACAAGAUGCGAGCAAUAAUUCAACGUGUUAAGCGGGCGAGUGUAACAGUCGAUGGCGAGUUGAUCAGUUCAAUCAAAGAAGGCCUGUGUGUGCUGGUUGGAAUAGGUGUAAAUGAUACUAAAAAGGACAUUGAGUAUUUAGCAAAUAAAAUCCUGAAGUUCAGGCUGUUUGGGGAAGAGGACAGAAGAUGGCGGAAAAGUGUCAUGGAUCUAAAUUAUGAAGUGCUUUGCGUCAGUCAGUUCACCUUGAUGUGUGUGUUAAAAGGAAAUAAGCCUGAUUUCCACAAGGCAAUGGAAAAUGAGAAAUCCCAACAAUUUUACGAAGAAUUUCUGGCAGAAUUAAAAACAAGAUACCAACCAGAGAAGAUUAAAGAUGGAAAGUUUGCAGCAUAUAUGCAAGUGGAAAUACAAAAUGAUGGCCCAGUUACAAUUCAAAUUGAUUCACCAACCACUAAAAAUGAGGUACUGACUGGAGACACAGAAGGGAAAUCAGCUGCCAAGUCAGAAGACAAUUAAGUGUUACAGAAAUAUUCAGUAAUUGUGUUCCUGAGGGUUGCAUGUGCACAUGUUCAAUAGAUUACUGUAAGUUAAGUCAAGGUGGAAAUCAUCAUUUUGCUAUCAUAUGAAUAACGGAUUUUGAAAGAGUGUAAGAGGAUACGAAAGAACUACCUGCAAAAAGGCUCAUUUUGCAGAAUUAUUUAUAAUUACACACAACAUAAGCAAUGUUUUCUUGUGAUUUUACAAUAAUUAAAAAUAUUAUAUUAUAAUGUAUCUAUCGUGUUUCGUGGAAAGAACACGACCUCUCCGGAGGUGAUAGGUUACGAUAUCCUGACAUCUGAAGACCUUGGAUUAUAAAUUGUAACAUGAGACAUAAACUGAUGUAAUAAACUGCCUAAAAUCCAAGCCAGGUGAAUGUAUACGGGGAAUAAACUACACUUACUACAACGUUACUGAUAGCAGAUUC